AUAGGUUUGUGAAAUAAAUUGUGGAUAUGAUGGUUUUAUAAGAUGGCAUGGCCCCCUUGACCACCAUUCGCAGCAGAUUCAUAAUUGAUUGAGUGAAGGUUAAUAAUGAUCGAUCCCACAAGGCAGGAGAAGGAGGAAAAAGUGGAAGAAAAUCAGAGAGAGUUUGAAAGUUGAAAGGCAUUGUUAUUUGUCAGCUACAUAUCUCAAUGUUAUAGUAAUAGCCAACCAAAUGCCAUUUACUUACAACUACUAAACUUGGUAACAGGAACGCACCCUCUCCAAGGACAAAGAGGCAAUUAAUAAUAAAGGCUCACACUUUCAAGUUUCACACUCAGUCACCCAAUUGAAACCACCUUUUCUCUUCUCUUACCGCCGAAUGAGUUACAACUAUGUAACAUUGGUUGAGUUGAGGAUAAGGUUGCAGAUCCUUGAGGUACCAAUCAGAUGCAGCCUUUCAGAACAUAUUCAAAAAUGAUUCAAUUUAGUUUCUUUUCUGGCUGCAUACAUAACAUAACAUAGCAUAGCAUACACUGCAUCUGCAACAGCAGCCUCAGGCUGUGGUUAAUUUAUAUCUUCUUAACAGUGCUGCUAUGCUAUGAUAUGAUGGGACUUUCCCUUUGGGUUUUUCAUUUGCUCGAUGCCGUUAUGCCCAUGUCCCUCUUCUGUGCUCUUUUGGACUUUUGCAAUUAACCAACUUAUAUGAUGAGAGAGAUCAACUCAGACUCACUCCAAGACCCAUCAUUUUCUUUCAGCCUUCUUUAAUAUCCAUGAGUUUUUUUUUUUUUUUUUUUCACUUAUGGACCUAAACUAUAAUAAUACAACCUUUUUUCGUGUGUACACAUUCUUGUCUUUUUCUGCUCCUUUGUCUUUUUUUCAGGUACCACUCUGUGAGUCUGGCCUCUUGAAACCUGUGAUUUUCCCUUGGAGCUAUUAAGGUCCGGGGAAGAAUUUUCUAGCCUUUGUUCCUUUCCCUGCUUGGUUUUUAAAAGGGUUUAUCAGGGUUCCCAUUUGAGAAUUUUUUUUUCAAAACACUUUCCUUUUUGGAGGUUAUUGAAACAAGGGCAAGGCAGCAGAAGGGAUUGCAGAACUCAUACCAAUGGCAGAUUGGGGUGGUUUUCUGAACAAAACCAGCGGUUUUGGUGGGGGGUCAACGAGAAAUGAAGACUUUGACGAAGAAGAUGUGUUAGGUGUGACCAUGGAGAGGGACUAUUUAAGCCCAAAAAUAAUGGUAUCUAAGGAGUCCUCUGAUUCUUCUUCUUCCUCUGCAUGGCGCAUCUCAACCUCACCAAGAAAGAUUCCAAGAACUAACAGUAUCACACUACUACCCUCCUUGGAAUCUGAUGCAAAUGAGGUUCGAGGAUCCUCAGCACCUAUGGACAUUCCUGACUGGUCUAAAAUAUAUGGGAAAAAGUGUGUUGAGGAGGAGGGUGUAAACAAGAAGUUUGAUUGUAGUCAUCAUGGGGAUCAUUACCAUGGUGAUUAUGGUGAUGAUGACGACGACGAUGACGAUGACAUGAUUCCUCCUCAUGAAUGGAUUGCUAGGAAACUUGCAAGGAGCCAGAUUUCAUCUUUCUCUGUGUGUGAAGGGAUUGGGAGGACACUGAAAGGGAGAGAUCUGAGCAAAGUGAGAAAUGCUAUUUUGACCAAAACAGGUUUCAUAGAGUAGAAGUAGUCUAUAGUCUCUAGUCUAUAGUCAUAGUGAUGGUCAUGUCUUUAUCGACUUCAUAUUUGGCAUCACCAUAUCCACAUGCAAUGAAGUCAUCAUCAUUAUCAUUGUUAGACUAGGAUCCCAUCAUGACAUGCAAUCUCUUUUAUUUGAUUUAUGUUGGCACUCAUGUAUGGAAUGUGAGUGAGCUGCGGAACUCAUAAUAGAGCCUGAACUGUACGAGAAAGCCAGUGGUGCCCUUUUUUGUUUUUUUGUUCUUUUUGUUUUCUUGUUCUAAAUUUUCUGGGAGGAGGGGACUGGCAGCCUCUGAAAUUUUGUCUGGAUUUGUAUUAGACUUUAGGCGAAUGGAGUCUGUGUUUUUAUAUAGAGUUUAUUAGUCUUCCAAGUUUU